CUGGGACCCAGCUCAGCUCCAUCCCACGCCGGGGCAGGAAGCAUGGGCAGAGGGCGUUGGGCUCUGGGCAGGUGUCCAGGGAGCCCCAGGAGCCCCUGCUGGGGCAGCUCGGCUUUGUUUUGGAAAGCCAAGCCAGGAAGGAAGCGAGCGGUGAGGAACCGCGCGGGGAGGAGGGGACGCGCCGGAUGGGUUUCCACUGCGUAACCAUGGGCCCGGCGAGGUGGUGGCUGCAGAACAAUAGGAGCCCGAGGGGAAUACAUGAUUUUCCACUGGAUUAGGCUGGACCUCGGUCUCCUCCCACUGCCGCGCUCAGAGCCAGGCCGCUAGACCAGGGAUGAGCUGUGCCAGCAAAGGACUGGUGGGGAAAUCUCCCUGCUGCUUCCCAAAACCAGCUUGAGCACGGACAUCUGGGGUCUUCCCUGCACAGCUUCAACCCAUCCCCAUCCCAUCAGUGCCUCCUGUCCUGCCAAGCAGCCAUGCUCUCGGUGUGUGUUUGCUUAUAACCCAUGCAGAGGAAGGAGCAGCCACCCAAAGCCCUUGGGCUCCUGUAGUGGUUCAGCCAAGGGUCUCGAGGUUGUGGUGCUGCUGAGCAUCAUCCCAGCUGGACCUGCCUGGGGCCCCUCAUCCUGCUGCCGUGUGGAGACAGCUCAUGUCCCUGCCGAGCACCGCAUGGCCCCAGCGCAACGAGCCCCCUACCUGCGGCACCACCACCACCAGCCUCCCGCUGGCCUCAUCCGACAGCGACUCCGGCUGUGCCCUGGAAGAGUACCCGGAGCCCCCUGCCGAGCCCGCGCCCCCCGAGGUCCCGCCGUGCUCCGGCGCCCGCGCUCCGCAUCCUGCCUCACCCACCGACAGCACCCAGCUCCACACCAGAGCCCUCCUGCAGCAGCUGCCCCCUCAGGACUGCGAUGAGCGGUAUUGCCCCGACCUCGCGGAGGAGGAGAGGAGGCAGCUCCGAGCAUUCAGCGCCCGGCGGAGACGUGAGGCGCUGGGGCAGGGGCUGGCAUGUCCUGUGCCGGGUCCCUGCCAUGGUUGUCCCUGCAAGAAGUGCGGCCGGAGGCUGAACAAGGGGGACCCAGGGGUCUCAGCAUCGCGGCUGGGGGACCAGUUCUGGCACCCGUCCUGCUUCUCCUGCCACUUCUGCCACCAGCCCCUGGUGGACCUCAUCUACUUCCAGCAGGAUGGGAGGAUCUAUUGCGGCCGGCACCACGCUGAGCUCUUCCGUCCCCGCUGUGCCUCCUGUGACCAGCUGAUCUUCAUGGAGGAGUGCGUCGAGGCCGAGGGCCGGCGCUGGCACUUGGAGCACUUCUGCUGCCUGGAGUGCGACGUGCCCCUGCGCGGGCAGCGCUACGUGAUGCGGAGCGGCCGGCCCUGCUGCUGCGGCUGCUUCGAGAGCCUCUUCGCUGAGCCCUGCCAGGCCUGCGGGGACCCCAUCGGUGCUGACAGCGAGGAGGCCACCCACCAAGGGCUGCACUGGCAUGCCCGAGCCGCCUGCUUCUGCUGCAGCCGCUGCCGCAAGCCGCUGCGGGGCCAGCCCCUCACCGCGCGCCGCGGGCGGCUCUUCUGCUCCGAGACCUGCAGCCUGGGGCAGGAUGGAGCCUCCAGCGCCUCCGACUCCUCCGACUCAGCCUUCGCCUCGGCUCCGUCCCCAGACUCGACGCCCCUGUCCCGAGCCAGCCCCACCAGCAGGACAAGCAGCACCGGGGGCUGCAGGCAGCGGGUGGAAGGGGCUGAGGGUUCUUCGGAUCCGGCCCCUGUGCAUCCUGCAUUUAGGAGCCGGGAGGACUGCGGAGCAGCGGCUAAGGAGCGGAGCAGCGAUGCUGUGCACACAGGGAUGCUGGGACCACCAGCCGGACACCCCUCUGCCCCCCAGCCCAGCACAGAGGGUCCCAACGAGCCUGGAGCCUUGGGACACCCAGUUUUGGGGAGCUCUGAUCCCCGAGCACCCACAGGCAAUGGAAACCCACCCUUCCGAGCAGGCACAUCCCCUGCCCAGCACAGCCCGCAGCCGGAGGAUAUGGACCUGCAGGACAUCACGGAGGAGGAUGACUCCUGGUGUCCCACCUGCUCUUCAUCUUCAGACACGGACUCAGAGGAAGAGGGUUUCUUCUUCGGGAAGCCCAUUCCCAAGCCCGGGAUGAGCUCCCUGGGCAGGGAGCCCCCGGGGAGGGCCGGGGGCAGGACGGCGAAGCCGCGGGGUAGCAGCAAGCACUGCAGCGUGUCCUAGCAGCAGGGACUGGGGGUGCUCGACCCGUGCUGCUGCCCUGCCAGCCCCUGCCGUGGUCUCAACCCGUUCCAAGUGGGUUUUGGAUGCAGCCAAAGGCUGGUGGGAAGAAGCCGCCGGGAUCCUUCCCCCCGGGCAGCCGCUGGCAAAGCACAGCCUGCAAUUCCCGACGGCCUCUCCUGCAAUUAGGAACAGGAAAAGCAGGUAGGGAGCAGGGAGCUGCAGCCUCCCUUCGCAGACACACACGCAAGGGAGGAAAGACAAGGGCAGAGCUGCCUGCAUCGUCCCGCUGCUGGGGACCCAUGGGGACAGCAGGGUGCUGGCUGCAGGGUGGGAGCCUUCACUAGGACACCUCGUUGAAGGAUGAACGCCACGGCCAGGCACUCUCCAUCCCUCAUGGCACCAAGGGAGGGCCAAGGGGACCAAGGGAGCAGCUCUGCUGCUGCCAAUGACGAUGCUCCAAUAAAGUUUGGCUGAAAUCUGAA